GAAAAAUUGUUUUUUGAGGCUGCAGUGGCUUAGCUCGCGAGCAGCCCCGGAAGUGUUUGUUCUAAAUGGUUAAAAGCCAGUUGAGGUCGUUAGCUGUUAGCUGGCAGCCGGGUUCAGUCAGUGUGCGGGGAUGGAGGUGACACGGAAAAAUUACAAAGAGUGUUUAAACGCCGUUUACAGCGCUAUUCAGGAGGCCGAUUUCCUCGCCAUAGAUGGAGAAUUUUCAGGGAUAAGCGACGGUCCUAAUGUCAGCGCACUAACCAAUGGACUGGACACGCCAGAGGAACGGUACACCAAGCUUAAAAAGCAUUCCAUGGACUUUCUGCUGUUCCAGUUUGGAUUAUGUACAUUCACGUAUGACCAGAUGGAGUCAAAGUAUAUAACAAAACCAUUUAACUUUUAUGUAUUCCCUAAACCAUUCAACAGGACGUCCCCUGACAUAAAGUUCAUUUGUCAAAGUUCCAGCAUUGAUUUCCUGGCCAGUCAGGGAUUUGACUUCAACAAGGUGUUCUGUCAUGGAAUUCCCUACUUGAAUCAAGAAGAAGAAGCCCAGCUAAGGGAACAGGCAGAAGAGAGGCGGAAUCAACAUGCCAAUGGUGCAGGGACUCCGUCCCCGUCCUCCAAAGGUCCUGCAAGUGUUCCUGAAGAACAUAAAGAUUUUAUAAACAGAGUGAUAGAAAAAGUUGAAGCUCUCUUCAAAAAUUCUGAGAAAAGUCUGGAUUUGGAGCCAUGCACGGGCUUUCAGCGAAAGCUGAUAUAUCAGGCCCUGAACUGGAAGUUUCCCAAAGGGCUUCAUGUGGAAACUGUGGAAACGGAGAAGAAGGAGCGAUACAUCCAAAUCAGUAAGGUAGAUGAAGAGGAGCGGAAGAAGAGGGAACAGCAGAAACUGGAGCGGGAGCAGGAGGAGCUAAAUGAUGCCGUGGGCUUUUCCAGGGUCAUCCAUGCCAUCUCAAAAUCUGGAAAACUUGUGGUUGGCCACAACAUGCUAUUGGAUGUGAUGCACACCAUCCAUCAGUUUUACACCCCUCUGCCAGAGGAUCUUCAGGACUUCAAGGAGGUCACAAUGUGUGUUCUCCCAAAACUUCUGGACACAAAGUUGAUGGCUUCCACACAACCUUUUAAGGAGCUGAUCACUAACACGUCUUUGGCAGAGCUGGAGAAACAGCUGAAGGAAACCCCCUUCAAGUCCCCACAAGUUGAAACGGCGGAAGGCUUUCCUAGCUAUGACACAGCCCAGGAGCAGCUGCAUGAGGCGGGCUACGAUGCCUACAUCACUGGCCUCUGUUUCAUCUCCAUGGCCAACUUCCUGGGUUCUUUCUUGACUCCACCUAAAGCCUUCAUCUCUGCUCACUCCAAGCUAAUCGAGCCAUUCUUCAACAAGCUUUUCCUGAUGAGGAUCAUUGAUAUUCCCUACCUCAAUAUCACAGGACCAGACUUACAGCCUAAAAGAGAUCAUGUCCUCUACGUCACCUUCCCCAAAGAGUGGAAGACCAGCGACCUGUACCAGCUCUUCAGUGCCUUUGGUAACAUCCAGGUUUCGUGGCUCGACGACACCUCUGCAUUCGUGUCCCUCAGUCAGACGGACCAGGUACAGAUAGCUAUGAACACCAGCCGCUAUGCAGAGAGCUACAGGAUCCAGACGUACGCCGAGUACAUCAACAAGAAAGAGAAGGUUGUCCAGAUGACUAAAAGCUGGGGGGAGGAUGGCUGGGUGAAAUCGCCCUCCACCACUUCAGCCACGGGCUUCGGAUAUCCCAGGAGUUUGAGGAAGCGCAGCAUCAGUCCUGUUCUCGCAGAGCAGGGGAGCGGAGAGGUUCCGAUGGCAGACAGCUGGAGUCCCUACUUGUUCUCAGAUCACUCAAGCAGCAAAAAGAUGAAAUCUGAUGACACCAUUGGAGCUGUGGAGAGUAAGACAUCAGAAGGAUGGCUAAAGACGUCAGACGCGUCCGAUUCGACAGGAUCGAGUCCUGUCCUUGAUGAGAAGAGAACUGAAAAAACUGAGCCAGCCAAUGACACUGAAGGGACGGUCACCUGGCAACAGACGGCAACAGCUCGUGGAAGGAAAGGUCAAAAGAACAAGAAAAACACAUCGGAAGGAGCCGAGUCGACGGCGUCAUUGUUUGAAGUCCCUGAGGUCUGGUAGCGAGAGCAGCAGCAGCCUCGGCCCUGGACCGCGCUACUGCACCCCGUCUCGUUAGAAGCACUCGGCACAUCACUGAGAACAGUGUGUGUGUGUGUGUGUGUGUGUGUGUGUGUGUGUGCCAAAAUUCAACCGUUCACUCUUGCUGUGGGUACCGUGUCCACAGCACCCGGCCAAGCCACUCGGCUGGACUUUUGAUACAACACAAGCCAUAACGGCAGCUGCCAUGUUUUUGUUUUGUUGUUCUCCCCCCAAGGUUUACCAGGACAGCAGACUCUUAAAUUGAAAUUCCAGAAUCUUCAUUUUUCUUACGCAUUCAACUGGAAUCUGCAGCCACACUCUGUUAAAAAAAUUCUAUUUUAAUUGCGUCACUUCCUGUUAGUCUUAUAUUUUGUGAGUGCGAUUUGGAUGGAAGUUUGUGCACGUGAGGAAGUUGUGUAUUUGUGCGAUUUAAUAAACUGAGUGAGUUGAAAUACCGCUCUAUUAUUCAGCCCUAUAGCGAGAGUACGUCAGGGUAAUUUAGUAUUUUAAUGUAGUCAGUAAAUUCCCUUUUUUAUGUAAUUUGUUAACUCCUACAGUUUUACCAGACAAGCUAAUCAAUAUUUAUUUAUUAUUGGUGGCAUUUUGAUCCUUCAUGAGGUGCUCGUUUUUGUUUUUUGUAUGCAAUUGUUUACUUUGAUUUUCUUUGUAACUGUCUACCUAUAAAUCUAUGAAACUGUUCUAAUCUAAAAGAUGUAAAUGCUUAAGGUGUAUACAUUUUUGUAUGAGUUUAAAAAUGAACUGUUUCCUUGAAAGAUGGGGAAAAAAAUUAAAGAAUGUUUCUUAGUA